GCACCGCCGGCAACUCCAGUGCUGCAGGCACCUUGUUGGCAGCUGUGCUGGAGGAGACAGGCCCUCACUCCUUGCAGCUGACUUGUGUCGCUGGCAGUGAUGAUUUUGCUGCGCCUGCUCAUCCUGCUGGCCCUGUGUGGGGCCGCAGACAGCACAUCGAACACGUGCGGACAGGUCUGCGGGCUCCGGCCUGCGCCCUACAGCACGACGCGCGUCGUGGGUGGUGUAAAUGUCCCACCAGGAACCGGGGCCUGGGCCGGGAUAGUCAGCAUCCAGAGUGCUCGGAAAGAAAAAUACACUAUUCAUAACUGUGGAGGGACCAUCAUCAGACCACAGUGGGUCCUCUCAGCUGCCCACUGCUUCAUCAACCGCACAAAUCCCCUCAGCGAGUGGGUGGUGGUGGCCGGGAUCACAUCAACUGCUGAGUCGGGUCCUCAUGUACAAAUACGCCGGAUUAAGCAGGUGAAGAUGCACGAGCUCUACGAUGGCCGUCUGCUUAAUGACAUCGCCCUGGUGGAACUGGAGCAGCCCUUUGAGUGCACCCCCUCCAUUCAGCUCGCUUGUCUACCUGGUCCCACGGUGUCAGUGUCGCCUCUGAACUGCUACAUUGCUGGGUGGGGUCGCACUGAGGGAAGAACUGUAGCUUCAAAAGGACCCCGUCUGAAGGAGGCCAAGGUGCUCCUCAUCGACACCCAGCUCUGCAACAGCAGUGACUGGUAUGGAGGGCUCCUCCUACCCGGAAACAUGUGUGCUGGGUACGAAAAGGGUGGCACAAGCACCUGCAAGGGUGACAGCGGGGGGCCUCUCAUCUGCAAAGAUGGCAAAGCUGACAUGUUCUGGGACCUUGGCCUGACCAGCUGGGCAAUAGGUUGUGCCAGACCCAAAAAGCCUUCAGUUUUUGUCUCCACUCAAUACUUCCGCAACUGGAUCACGAAACACAUUGGCCAGAGCUCAGCUACUCCAGCACCAGUGCAAUCCUGUCCAUUCUUAUGUAAGAAGCUGCUGCAAUUCUUUAAUCUGCUGCAGGAGCUCUUGAAGUUCCCAAAGGCAGAAACGGCUUGAGCAGCAGGAUGGACAGGCUGUGGCACAGGCUGUAGUGAGCCAUAACCAUGUCCUUCUGGGACAAUGCCUGCUGAUCCAAAGGCAGCCUCAGUACCAAAGGCCUGCUCUGUCCUGCCCACGCUCCUCCUCCGCUUGCCCACAAAUGCUGAUGUUGACUUAGUUGUUGUUGUUGAAAUAAAGUUGCCUAUUUUCACCAUUAACCAUGUUGGCAGUCCCACUCAGUCUCCUGUGCCCUCAAGGCCAGGCCUCCCUGGGCCGACACCUGCAAAGUGAGGCUGCACAGGCAGGCAAAGGGAAAGGGCACAAAAGGGAGCAAAGGGAAAGGGUCCCUCCAAAGGGCUGGAACCGUGCCUGCUCAGAGAGGCCAAGGGUGCAGUGGAAGAAGGGAACACAGGUUCUAGGGCCUUACAGGUCUUGGGGCCAGCAGCUGGAAAUGCACAGUGUCUUAGGCUGCUGACCGGUGGGAUGCCUCUGUGUGUGUAUGUGUGUACAGCACAC